UCUGGAUGUGGAUGAGUUGAUAUACAGACCCAAGUGGAUAGCGAGCCCUCGGCUACACCCGUGAGUACUCCCAUAACGGACGAUGGAAUUGAGUAACGCGAGCAAUGUGAAGGCACGUUGGACAGACUGGAAUCAACACGACGAUGAGCGUGCUUCGAACGUAUCUGUACCAAGCUGCAUGAUGUUUUCCUUACGUAUCCUUCAUCCCUAGCAUGGCCUUCACCUGUCUCAUCUCCCACGCAAGCUGCUUAUUCCCACGACGACCGGUUGGAACUACUCUCGUAUCCUUAAAGCCUAUUACCAGGCAUAGACUACCAAGGAGCUUUGAAGGAGCUGAAGACUGCACAACAGUAUUCAAUAAUGCCGAGCUAGCGGGAGGAAUGAGAUCAGUAAAGGCUAUACUGAGAGGGUUCGUAUAUGAGCAGGGGAUGCUCAGUAAAUGCAGAGUACUUGUACACGCAACACGAAUCUGUUAUACAUUCCUUCUUCCAUCGUCCGAAAGCGGCGGACAUGAUUUUGAGUCUUACCCGCCUAGGCAAAACUAAUAGGGAAAUGCGCCAACAAAUGCCCAUACCUCUCCUGGAACAGCUCUUUUCCACCCCCAUAUCGCACACGAUGGAGCCAUAACCCCUUUCGUGCCCAGUUCACGGCGUCGCUCGUGUUCUACAGUCGUGUCAACCCUAACUUUAACCAUAAUACUAUAGUCGAAAGAAGACUCACAUCGUUGAAUUCGAGGACAGCCAAAAGCAUUAUUGUCAUAAUGACAUCGUCUUCCAGAUAAUGGCUUUCGUAGACUUUUCUCUGAAGAUACUUUUCUUG